AUGCAAUGGAAGAAUGGUGAUACAACGAAUGGACAAGUUGUUGCUGGUGGUAAAGGCCGAGGAAAUGGAUUGAAUCAAUUGCAGUAUCCAACUGAUGUAUUAAUUGACAAAGAGACGGAUAGUCUCAUUAUUUGUGAUUUGGGGAAUCGACGAGUUGUACGAUGGUCUCGUCGUAGUGGUACAACACAAGGUGAAAUACUCAUCGACAACAUCGCCUGUUGGGGAUUAGCUAUUGAUGAGCAGAGAAAUCUCUACGUUUCUGACGUUGUAAAACAUGAAGUAAGACGAUAUCAAUUGGGUGAGAAGAAUGGCACUCUCGUAGCUGGUGGUAAUGGCGAAGGUGCGAAUCUUAAUCAACUCCACCAACCGGGAUAUCUCUUUGUCGAUCGACAACAGAAUGUCUACGUAUCAGACAUAAACAAUCAUCGUGUGAUGAAAUGGGUGGAAGGCGCAAAAGAAGGUAUUGCGGUCGCUGAACGACAAGGUCAAUGGUAUGCUCUGAUACAAUCGCCUCAUCCUAAUGGAAUCUUCGUUGAUACGUUGGGUACACUCUAUGUAGCAUACUGGGGGAAUCAUCGUGUAAUGCGUUGGACUCAAGGAGACAAGAAGCAAGGCACUUUAAUUGUGGGUGGAAAUGGUCGAGGAGCAGGAGUAAAUCAGUUCAACAUCCCCAUUGGUUUGUCUUUCGAUCGACAUGGUAAUCUCUACGUCGCCGAUCUUGAUAAUAAUCGUGUUCAACGAUUUUCUAUCGAAUAA